ACUCACAAACACUGUCACACGACUGACCGCACAUCCACGCUCGCCGCGUGUGUUUGUGACGUGUGUGUAGCAAUCAAGUGUGUGUGUGUGUCUGUGUGAUCGUAAUCAUGACUGUGGACGGUACGGACGAGAAUAAUUUGGAACGAGGUAUUUACACAAAAGAUGCAGCCUGUCUUCGAAAGAAUGAUCGCCACCGAAGAUCUUUAUCCGAUCUCAGUCUGUCUCGGAAGUGUGGAGUCUGGGCCUCACAUUUUCAGCGGCUCUUUGUGUCGUUUAUCGGAGCGGAUUGGAUCUACCUCAUGAUCCUGGGGUUCAUCAUGGCCGUGUUCAGCUUUGCCAUGGAUAUCUUUGUUGACCUCUUCACAGAGGCACACAGGUGGAUCUACGAUCUUGCAGACAGUCAUGUCAUCCUGCAGUAUUUGGCGUGGGUCGCUUAUUCGAUGUUUCUAAUGUGUUUCGCGGCAGGAUUCGCAAACAUAGUGUCAAUUCAGGCCGCUGGGUCUGGCAUUCCCGAAACGAAGACGUCUCUGAGAGGAGUGAUGCUGCAGGAAUAUUUCACCUUCAAAACAUUAGUGUCCAAAUUUAUCAGUCUGACCUGUGUGCUCGGAAGUGAGUUACCCGUGGGCAAGGAGGGUCCGUUCGUGCAUGUCGGCAGUGUGUGUGCAGCUCUUCUCAGCAAAUUCAUGUCGCACUUCAGUAGUAUUUAUAAGAAUAAGGCCAGAAACGAGGAGAUGCUGACGGUCGGAUGUGCUGUGGGAAUUGGCUGCUGCUUUGCUGCUCCUAUAGGAGGUGCAUUAUUCAGCUUAGAGGUCACAUCUAUGUUUUUCGUCGCACGAAACUACUGGCGUGGAUUUCUGUCUGCUACGUUCGGUGCCUUUAUCUUCAGACUUCUGCCGGUGUGGAACAGACAGGAAGAUACACUUAUGGCUCUUUAUGCAACAAAAUACAGGCUGGACUUUCCUUUUGACCUGCAGGAGCUUCCCAUCUUUGCUGCGAUGGGGAUUGUAUGUGGCUUUGGUGGAGCCUUCUUUGUGUAUUUGUAUGGAAAGAUUUCUCUGUUUGUGAAGAAGCAGAAAGCCACAAACAGCUUCCUCAUGAAGAAUUGUUUCUUAUAUUCCGCUUUGGUCUCUGUGCUGAUUUCAACUCUCACUUUCCCUCUGGGCUUCGGGCAGUUCAUGGCCGGACGGCUCACACAAAGGGAUUCCUUGAUUUCAUUUUUUGACAAUCGCACCUGGUCAAAUAAUGGCAUCGUAGCUGACUUUGAUAAUGACGAUCAUCUAGCCGCCUGGAAACAUCCGCAGGCUAACGUCUUCAUCAUUCUUUCCGUCUUCGUCAUCAUGAAGUUCUGGAUGUCUGCUCUUUCCAUAACCCUUCCUAUACCAUGUGGUUCCUUCGUUCCCAUUUUCGUCAUUGGUGCUGGGUUUGGACGUUUGAUAGGUGAAGGUUUGGCCACAUUGUUUCCAGAUGGAUUUAAUAUUGAUGGACACACAUACAACAUAGUGCCCGGAGCGUACGCUGUCAUAGGAGCGGCAGCGUUAACGGCAGGAGUCACUCACACGAUCUCGACUGGCGUGAUCAUGAUGGAGUUGACGGGUCAGAUCAGUUACACUCUGCCUAUCCUGAUCUCUGUGAUUCUCGCCAACAUGGUCUCUCAGAGUCUUCAGCCGUCCAUCUACGACACAGUUAUCCGCAUUAAAAAACUGCCUUACCUACCCACGCUCAGCUGGGGCCACCGAGAGAAGUAUAAUAUUUAUGUGGAGGACUUUAUGAAAAGAGAAGUUUGUUAUAUCACACUGAACUCCACCUACAGAGACAUAAUCAAGAUCCUGCGUUCAGGAAAUCUGAAAACACUGCCUUUGGUGAAAUCUGCAGAGUCGAUGCUCUUGCUGGGUUCUGUUGAGCGUGCUCAGUUAUUGGCGCUCUUAACGCAGCGAUUGCAGCACCUGCAAGAGGAAAAUGCGUCCACCAUGCCUGUCAGAUACAAGGUUCACUUCGAGACGUCCGCAAAAGAGUCUGCAUCCGCUCAUCUGGAAUCCACUAAACCUCUGAAAUCUGCUCUGAAGCCGUCUGUAGAUGAAGAAGAGAUUACAAGUGUUUAUGAUUCUGGUCUCAACUUAAAGAAGUUCUUCUGUUCUCGUCCUGACAUCGAGGCAAUGGAGGACGACCCAGACGCAGGGGAUGAUACGAUACUUCAAGAGAUUGAAGAGUGGGAGGAGCAACAGCUUGACGAGCAGAUGAACUUCAACAGUUGCAAGAUUGACCCCGCCCCCUUCCAGCUGGUGGAGCACACUUCACUGCACAAGACUCACACCAUGUUUUCUGUGUUGAAUCUGGAUUACGCUUACGUCACCAGUAUCGGACGACUCGUCGGAGUAGUUUCACUGAAAGAGUUGCGUAAAGCGAUCGAGGGCUGCAUGCCGGCGGACGGCGUGAGGUUGCGUCCAGUUCUGUCCAAUUUCAGAGACCGAGGCGCUCGAGGAACCAGGACCGAAACCAUCGAACUCCACCAACUUCUGGACCAUCAGAUCAACUAAAACACCAGGUGAAGCAGAGACCAAACGCACAAAACCACUAGUAGUUCUACAGAGACGCUUUCUGUUUUUAUUGGAGGAUUCACGAGUCUCUGUUCUCCUUAAAGUCUCUUUCUGUUCCCAUUUCUGCACUGAUUUCAAUUUACAGUUGUACAAACAAUAUAUAAAUGAAUUAAAUAUUGUUUUUAUUCAUUCUAAACAGUGCAAAAUGUUUCUGUUAGUGUGUGUGUCAGCCUGUAGUAUUUAUAAUUCACUGUGUAAAAUCAAUAGAAGUCAAUGGAAAUGUGUGCUUGUUGCAGAAGUUUGAUAUUCAGAUUGUUCUUUGAAUGCGACGUUUAAUUUAUUUUUAUUUAAUGUUAUUUUCAUUUUAAGCCAAACCACUUGUAGCAGAACAGCAGCACGAGAGCAUCAGUCAUACUGACUCAUUUAGGGUUUUAUGCUGUUAUGUAACUUUGUUUUAAUGAUGCUUUUCAACAAGAAAAAAAUACCUUGUGUGAAUAAAAUAAUUUUUAAAACUCUCUAGUUGCACUCCAAUGUAUUGAAUUGCAGCAUAAAAACAGAGAAAAAUAAAUAAAAGCAGAAACUUUUUAUUGGUAUUAAAUUUCUGUUAAAUAAUAAAUAAAUGAUUAGAAUUACAGUAUUGGAUAAAAAUGCUAUUUUUAUUAGUUUCUUGAUCAUGAAUCUAUUAAAUUGAAAUCCUGUUAAAGUAUAAUAAUUACAAUAAUAUUGAAGAAAAUGUGAAUUGGAUUGUAAAUCAAGAGAGUUUUAAAUAAAUAAAUACAUAAAUGGGGCAAAAUGUGCACUUUUUAAGCAAGAAAACAGAAUUGCGGUUAAAUAAAGUGUAAUAAUAACAAUAUUGGGAGAAAUAUUGCACUUUUUAUUGGUUUCUUGGUCAUAAAUUUAAAUGCUGUUAAAAAAAGAAAUAAAAUAUAAUAAUUGCAACAAUAUUGGGAAUAAAUGUGCAUUGUUUUCAACACACAUAACCUCUUUGGAAGAUGAAUGACAUGCAUUUCUUUAUUUCCUACCUCUUAUUCAGCCAUAAGAAGCAAAAGUUGAGAGGUUUAUUGGUGCUAUACACGUGUGUUUGUGUGUUUCUGUUCUGUAAUUAUGUUUGCAGACACCAAAACUCAAUAAAACAAAAAAGUGGAA